UUUGUGCAAUGAAUUCCACAAUUCUCAACCCAAGCCUUUGUAAAUCUACUUAGCUCUUAUAUGUAGAAUUUUGCUUUCUGAAUUGGCAGUAAGGUUACAGUUAAUUUUUAGGAAGUUAGACAAAUUACAGUUAUUGAUUGUAACAGAAAUAUUUGUCAGCGUAAUGUCCAAUGGUCAAAUGGUUUGGAUCAAUCCCUGACAGGACACCAACACUGUGUGGACAUUCACCAUUGUGUGGACAUUUUGCCUGGUCCACACAAGAGGAAAUGGUUUAUGUGGGUUAAUGGUUAGGUUUAGGACUAAGGUAUGAAUUGAGUUUUGGUUAGGUUUAGGGUGUGGUAUAUACUGGUAAGGGUUAGGAUUAGGGUAAGGUCAAUGGAAGGUCUCUAUAAGGAUAUGAAAACACUACAUGUGUGAGAGAGAGAGAGCACAAGUGGUGUAUAUAUUGAGCCUCAUCUCUUGUGUAAAUGAUAAUCCAGGUGGUCUACCCUAUCUAAUCCUAACAGAGGGUCCAGACUGUUGCAGGGUUAAAUUACAUUAUUUGUUUAUUUUUUUUUUUUUUUACGAUCAAUACAAUCUGGUUUUGUAUUUCUAGACUUAUUCUUGCAAUUCUUACAAGAUUGCAGUUUUGAAGACCAACAUGCUGGUUUUUGGUUCUCUGUAUUUGCUUCUUUGUUGGAUGUUUCCUGUAUGUACCCAUAAGAUCAUUGGCACCUUCAUUACACAAGAUGAUCAGUCCUUCCCACUGGACAUGGCUACAAGUUCUGUUGAUGACAGGUACUCUACCUGUGCUGAAAAGAUGGAAGAAAAGGUCAAGGACACUGUCUUCAAAAACGAAAUGAAAAAUGAGUUAUUUAAAAAUGCUUGGGCACCAGCAGAAAAGUGUGCAAAGAAGAAUAUAAACCAAAGAGAGAGAGGAGAUGAGGCUCUAACAAAAGAUCACAUGCAAGCAAUUUGUGUUUACACAGCUGGAGGACAUGCAAACUUCUAUAAGACAUUCAAUGAAGAAGUCAGGACCAAAGGAAAAGAGUAUGGUUCAUCCUUUCUAUUCCAUUCCUUACAUUUCUGGCUGACCAGGGCAAUACAGAUCCUUAAUGACAAAAAAAAGUGUUACACAACUUUCCGCAGAACCAACACUAAAUUCACUGGUGAUGUCCACAAAGUAAUUCGGUUUGGUACUUUUACCUCCACCUCCAACUUAUCAAAUCUUAAAGCCUUUGGUCAUACUACAUGCUUUAAAGUUAGAACUUGUCAUGGUGCUUAUUUGAAAAAAUACCCAAAGCUUGGAGGCAAAGAGCAAGAGGUGCUCAUACCACCUUAUGAGAAGUUUAAAAUAAUCAGCAAAGGUAAACCUGGGAAACAACUGUCAGACUGUGAGAUUGUAUAUGUUCUGAAUAGUACCGGCAUCCAAAGCAAUCUUGACUGCAAAACUGCAAAACAAAUACUUUUGUGAUUGUUUUUUUCUUUCUUUCCAACCUAUAAUCAUGUAACCACGUGUUGCAUCUCGUCCUAAAUUUACAUGUGGCUGUUCUUUAAAGGGAAAAUUGAGAUUUGAUUUAACUGAAUGUCUUUCCCCAAGAGAUGUUUGGACUCUACGGUAGAGUUGAAAGCCUAUCAGAAUGAGGUUAACAAGUGAACUUUUGGCAGCUUAAAACAACUUUAUUAAAGAAAAAACACAGAAGUUCAGGCAAAUGUUGCUUUUCUUUGCUGCAUAAUGUAUUGCCCCAAUUCAAAAAUAUGAAAAAUAAUCAAUUUAACUCCUUCAUACUAAAAUUUUUAAACCUUUAUUUGUGAAUCAAAUGCACAGUAUGGGAUCAAAAGCCAAGACUUUAUUUUUCCUUUUUUCUGUGUGAGAUUUUGUAUGUUACAAUGUGUUCUUUAGCCUAGGCAAAUAUACAAAAGUCUUUUACACGUAUUAUUGUGCAUGUAAAGUCUGUAAAAUAAUGAAUACAUAAUCUUCAAGAAAAUUUUUACUGCAACCUGUAAUAUAAAUAAAUAGCUUUUGAGCAUUAAUAAACAGGAUUUAUGGUUUUGUACAAGUUUCAGCUUUAUUACUAAGGUGAAAAUAAAAAAGGCAUUUUCUUUCUUAA